GAGCAGGUUUUGUGUACGGUCAGUGGGAACAGCCUGCUGUCUGACACGAUUAUGAAGAAUGAAACGCACAACAGUGUCUGAUCUGCACAAAACACCUGCACACAGACAGACCUGAGAGCUGCUGGCGACCCCGCCUCCUCCCCCUCAGGUAACUGAUCGAUGAGCGCGUCACCAGCAGGGUCAAAGGUCACAGGAACAAAGACGCAGCUGCGGGAGGAGUGAUCAGGAAGACGAGACGUCAGGCAGACAGGGUCCAGCCUUCAUGCCAUGUUGGGGCGAACCGCCUUCCAUACUGGAUGCUGCAGGUUGCAGCAGUGCUGCUUCCUGUCCUUGCCUCCUCCCCAUCCACCUGAGCUGCACAGACUCCAUUACUCAGCAAGCAGUGGGAGCCGGAAGCUGAGGGCGGGACAGGAGGCGGGGCAGAUAAAUUCCGCUCAGGUCGACCGGAUCUUAAAGGCCAAUGAAUACAGCCUUACCCUCCCCAGAGGCCCCGCCUCCCAUGGCGUUCUGGGUUUUCAUAGCAACAUGUUGCCAUCCAACCUCCCCUGCGAGGACCGUCAGAGCAGCGCCACCUGCCUAGCGGGCCGUGGAGGCGUGUUGUUUGGCGUGUUCGACGGUCACACAGGGCCGGCCUGCGCCCACGCUGUCAGUCAGAGGCUCUUUUACUACAUUGCCGUGGCAGCGCUGCCGCUGAGGACACUGGCGGAGCUGGAACGGGCGGUGGAGGAGGAACGGGCCGUAACACCACUGCUGGAAUGGCAUAAAUACCCCCAAGACCUGAGCUACCCCAAUGGAGAGGUGACGUCCUUCCAUAGCCUCCGGAACUACUGGCAGGAGAGGCUGGAGACCGAGGAGGAGGAUGAGGAGGAGGAUGACAACAGAACGACAUCAGCUCUGGUCAAUGCGUUCCAUCGCCUUGACUACGACCUGUCUGUAGAAGCCCAGGUGCAUCUGUCCCUGACCUCCCCCAGGCAGGUGUCUUUCCCUGGUGAGGGGUUGUCUCUGACCUCCCCCCUCCGGGUGGCGCUCUCUGGUUGCACAGCCUGUGUCGUCCACAUCUCCAACGGCGUUCUACAUGUGGCCAACCUGGGGGACAGUCGGGCAGUCCUGGGCGUCCAGGAGGCAGACGGAAGCUGGUCUGCGAUCAACCUCACCAAUGACCACAAUGCGCAGAAUCCCGAAGAGCUGCAAAGGAUUCUGGGAGAGCACCCAGCGGAGCAGAGGACGGUGAUCCGCCACGACCGCCUACUGGGCCUGUUGCUGCCCUUCCGGGCGUUCGGUGACGUCCGCUUCAAAUGGAGCGCGGAUAUGCUGAGUCGGGUCUAUGAAACUCGACCGGACGUCCUGUCUGCGGUCAGUGAGGCGGUCCGGACGAUGCCGCCGCACUACCUGACCCCACCCUAUCUGAGCACUGAGCCAGAAAUCACCCGACACUGUGUUGGACCUGCAGACAAGUUCCUGGUCCUCGCUACUGAUGGACUCUGGGAGCUGAUGCAUCGACAGACGGUCAUCCAGCUCGUGGGGGAUCAUCUGACAGCCCUCCAGCAGCAGAGACCUAUAAUUCCCUGCGAGGGCACAACGCUGGGCGACCUGCAGCGCCUCUUGCUGGAGAGGAGGGGGCGGGUCCUGUCGGCGCUUGAGGACCAGAAUAUCGCCACCCACCUGAUCCGCCACACCCUUGGCGACGACGGGUAUGGAGCGGUAGCUCCAAAUCGUCUCGCCAAGAUGCUGAGUCUGCCUGUGGAUCUGGCCCGAAGGUACCGUGAUGACAUCACUAUCACCAUCAUUCACCUGAAUGAGAUCUAACACCUGCAGGUGAUUACCUGCUUGGUAGUCACCCCGCUGACCAAUCAGCAGCAGGCGUGCUCAUUCCAGCGCUGAUCUUCAUCCUUUUCCUUAACCGUAUCCCAGCUCUGAAUGGUCGAGGGGUGGGACACACCUGGACAGGUAGCUGAUCAGGUGUUUCUGUUAUUUUGUCUGCCUUCAAGAAGACCAGAACUCGACACACACACAGGUCUGAGAAAAGCUCCACGAACGACACCGGAGCUAACCUCACUUUUCAAACAUCGCUCUUCAGGUGUGGAGCAACACAGUGAGCAUGCUCAGUGAGUUGAUGUUCCGCACUUGGAGUGGAGAAGUGGCGCCACCUCCUGGUGGCACACUGAAAACACCUAUCUCGCCUGAGGCUACGGCUACGUCCACACGUACCCGGGUAUUUUUGAAAAAUUUUCUAUGCGUUUGCA